UCUAUAUUUUCGGUCUUUCCUUUUCCUCAAUGACGAUGGGUGACAUGACAUUCGAAGAACUGGAAGAUUUAGUACAUUUUUCAGUCCACGACUUACCAGAUCGCGGGUAUGCAGUCAUGGAAGAAAUUCGACGGCAAGGGAAACUCUGUGAUGUGACCCUGAAGGUUGGUGAACACAAAUUCAGUGCUCACAGGAUUGUCCUGGCGGCUUCCAUUCCAUACUUCCACGCCAUGUUCACCAACGACAUGGUGGAAUGUAAACAGGACGAGAUUGUCAUGCAGGGAAUGGAUCCCAGUGCCCUUGAAGCUCUGAUUAAUUUUGCGUAUAAUGGCCACGUGGCAAUAGACCAGCUGAACGUCCAGGCCUUGUUAAUAGGUGCCAGCUUCCUACAGCUGCAGAAUGUCAAGGAUGCCUGCUGCUCUUUCCUUCAGGAGAGGUUACACCCGAAAAACUGCUUGGGAGUCCGCCAGUUUGCAGAGACCAUGAUGUGCACCACACUCUACGACGCUGCCAACAGCUUUGUGCAUCAGCACUUUGUGGAGGUGUCGGUGUCCGAGGAGUUCCUGAGCCUGCGGCUUGAAGAGGUGCUGGAGCUGGUGGGCAGCGACGAGCUCAACGUCAAAGCAGAGGAACAGGUUUUCGAGGCGGUGCUGGCAUGGGUGAGGCAUGUGAGGGAGGAUCGUGAGGGUUACCUCCCCGAGCUGCUGACGAGGACGCGGCUGCCUCUGUGCCGGCCCCAGUUCCUGGCCGACCGCGUGCAACAGGACGAACUGGUGCGCUGCUGUCACAAAUGCAGAGAUUUAGUAGAUGAAGCAAAAGACUACCACCUCAUGCCAGAGCGUCGCCCACACCUCGCUGCCUUCAAGACCCGACAGCGAUGCUGCACGUCUAUCGCCGGGCUCAUUUAUGCCGUAGGGGGGCUCAACAGUGCAGGAGACUCGUUAAAUGUGGUGGAGAUGUUUGACCCAAUCGGAAACUGCUGGGGCCGCUGCCAGGCAAUGGCGACGGCCCGAAGUCGGGUGGGCGUUGCUGUGGUGAACGGGCUUCUUUAUGCUAUUGGAGGAUACGAUGGCCAAUCAAGACUCAGCACAGUGGAGGUGUACAACCCAGAAACGGACACUUGGAGCCGGGUGUCUAGCAUGAAUAGUCAACGCAGUGCAAUGGGAACAGUGGUGGUUGAUGGACACAUAUAUGUUUGUGGAGGCUAUGAUGGCAAAUCCUCUCUAAACUCUGUGGAAUGUUACUCCCCAGAGACGGAUCGGUGGACAAUAGUGACGGAGAUGAGUGCGAGUCGCAGUGCUGCUGGAGUGACUGUGUUUGAUGGGAGGAUAUUUGUGUCUGGGGGCCACGACGGCCUACAGAUCUUUAACACGGUGGAGUACUACAACCAUCACACAGCCCUGUGGCACCCGGUGGCAGGCAUGAUGAACAAGCGGUGCCGGCACAGCGCGGCGGUCUUGGGAAGCCAGCUGUACGUGGUGGGUGGCUACGACGGCUCAGCCUUCUUGAUGGGCGCGGAGGUGUACAGCUCGGUGGCGGACCAGUGGUGCCACCUGGUGGCCAUGAACACGAGACGCAGCAGAGUCUCCCUAGUAGCCAACUGCGGCCGGCUCUACGCCGUCGGCGGCUACGACGGACAGUCCAACCUUAACUCGGUGGAGAUGUACGACCCCGAGACCAACCGCUGGACAUUCAUGGCACCCAUGGCGUGCCACGAGGGUGGGGUCGGGGUCGGCUGUAUACCCCUCAAACCUGCUUAAAGCCGCCAUGGCGACAUGGUCUCCUCCGAGUUAUGUGAGGGAGGUUAUUUUGUUUUGGUUGUUGUUAAUUUUGUGUUCCGUUUCGUUUUCUAAUGGGUGAUAGAACUUCCAAAAAUGCAUUCAUGUUCCAUGGUUUGCAUCUUAGGUACUACACUCUUGGAGGCGUUACAGAGAUUGUCUGUCUGUGAGCCUUGCAUACACUCAAAGACUGUCAGCUUGGUGCCCAGUCGCAGAGACCAAGUGGGAUCUUUUUACAGGAUGUACAUGUGAACACGUGUUUUGUUGUUUCUCUGCAACGCAAUGAGCCUUCAGUGGGAGAGUGUUGUCUUUUCUCCUGAACAGGUCUCUUUGAAGACUGGCGAGAGAAGGACAUGCAUGAGAGAAUAGACAGAGAGAGGGGAGAUUUUGAGAAUGAUUUGGGAGAAUCGAGAUAAAACCAGAGAAUGUAUGUUUGAUAAAGAUCACAGUGGUUCAUCAUCACCAUGUGAGAGGGCAUGCACAUAUAGAGGCAGGGAUUCCUGAAGUGGUGUGGGUGAGAGGUGCCGGCCAUUCCUCCAUAGUGACGAUUGACAGUGACAACUCAAAGCUGCUUAGCAGAGUCCAACUUGCCCACUGUGCUCUUAGCCAGAAAUGGAUCACCUGGUAGUCCAUUUCAGUGAACAGACUGUGUGUGUGUGCGUGCAUGGGUAUGGGUAUGUAUGAAUGUGUUUGCAUAUUUGCAUCCUGUGUUGGUCUGGCUGGGAGUGUGGGUGUUCGCGUAACUGGAAGCUUAAUUUUUGUAUCUAAUAGGGAGAGUAAAACCACUGAGGGUUGCUUUCAUGCAAGUCCAUUAUUUAUUAAUUGGGAGAUCUGGAUCAUGCUUCAAAGGUGCACAGUUACCACAGUCAUGACAGCUUCAGUUAUUGUCAUGAGAGUAAGAGUAUGCACAUCCCACCUCGCUGAGGCCAGGUGCAGGACAAAGGAGUAUCUGACAGUAGAGAGAGUAGAAGUCUGCACUCUGCAGCUCCGCUUUGAAGGUUUAUUCAGGCCAUACAACGUUUCAAUCCAACAGGGUCCAUGCCUAAUGAAGACCUGAUGAAGGUCGAAAUGAAUGACCUGAAUAAACUUUCAAAGUGGAGCUACAUUGUGCGGAUAUCUACUCUUCAGUUAUUGUCCCGUCAUGACUCUCAACUGCAAAAAGUUGAACAAGUAAGGAGUCACCUUCACAUCCACUCAAGGUGCCAUGUUCAGACUGCGGGCUGUUUUUUUUUUUUGAUAAACAAUAGAGACCACGUCUGGCGUACAACUAUAAAUUAACAAUACUCUUUGGGGUUUCUGUGGUAGUGGAAAAAGUAAUGUAUGCUAUAGAUUUAAACCAUAUCUUCCACAGCAAAUGGAGUUGAGACCGGCAUUCCAUUAUUUGUGAUGUGAUGUGACGUGACGGGGCAGUUUUGCAUGUCACCAAUGACGAUACCUCACAGGGAGGUUCUCCUCACAUGCGUUUUGUAUGUAUGUGAUGUGUGCGCGUGCUGGUCCGGUCCGAUCCGGACAAGACAAACUGCUUCACUUGAUACCAAAAAGGAAUGGGAGUGUUCUCAGCACAGAGGCUCUGCUGGGCUAUUCUUGAUGCAUAGCUAGCUGAGAAAGGAUGGGUGUGUGUUAAAACUAAAACUUAUACAAGUACUAUUAAAGCAGUGGUCCAGACUGGUCCACUCCAAGCCAGAAGAGUAGUUGAGUUCGGGGAUAGGGACUAAAGGCGUGAUUCUUUUCAUUCCCCUUGUGUUUUUGCGGUCCACGCAUUUGGUUAAGAGGAACAACAUCAAGAGAAAUUUGGGAUAAUUAUGUACUGUGAAUUUUGAAUAUAGAUGAUGUUUUUGCCAUCUGUGUUUUUUCUGCUGAUAUUAUUGUAAAAUGAUGUUUUUUUGUAUUAACUUUUAGUCCUGGUGCAGUAUUUUUACUACCCUUGGUUUUUGGUACUGGACCACAGAUUUUAUUUAUUAUUUGUUGUACUUUUCUUUUUAUGGUGUUGCACAUAAUGGUUUGAUUUAAAAAAAAGAAAAAGUCAAUUUUUUAAAUUUUAGUAUUGCUUAUAAUUAUUGCUUUCUGUAACCUUGAGUUUCUAUCAAUGGAGCGGUGAUUGUCUUCUCUCUUACUUUUCUGUUUUUUCUUGUUACUUUUCUCAGUCUUUCUUUCUUUCUUUCUUUCUUUCUUUCUUUCUUUCUUGUUGUCUUAAGCUACCUCUAUUCUGAGAUGGGAGGUCACGUUCAGGGAAGUUUGCCUGCUAAGAUGAAACUAAAAUUCCUCUGCCUGAUUUUACUGACAUAAUUUAGAGGCUUCUUUCCUCAAAGUCCAUUCUUAAAUCAUGCUGUGUUGAAGGAAAAAAAAAAUGUUCUGCAUUCUGCUCCCAGUUCCUCUUCACUCAGAUGGACUGUGUAUCAUGUCAAAAAAAGAAAAUGCCUUGUCAAAAACAGAAUAAACGAAAGGAUAAAUUAUAA